AUGGCUAAAUCAUGUUGUGUCCCGUUUUGUAAUGAACUAUUUAAAAGCAAAUUUGGUAUCCCAAAAGACAAUAAUUUAAAAAUUGUAUGGGAAAAAUCGUUAAACUUAAAAUUAAAUCCCAGUUCGAGGGUUUGCGAGAACCAUUUUGACAAAAAUGAUGUUAUAAGAACAUGGGAAUCUGGGAAAGGAUUUAGCAAAUAUACGAUAUGUUUGAAAAUACCAAAAUUGAAACCGGGUGCUAUUCCUAAACUUACAGUGGUAAACGAAAUUAAGGAGGUUGUCCCAAAUUCAGAAGUCUUAAAUACUUCUACGCCUAUCUUUAAUCGUGGUUUUUGUCGUUGGAUAUCUUAUCUAUUUCAUGCCUUAUCAAAUGUAAACAAUAGUCUAAUCAUGGUUUGAACGUCUAUCGUCUACCAUAAAUUUGUAUCACAGUGUAUAAUGCACAUGGCAUAUUCAAUAUUGGCAUUCGGCAACUGAACUUACUACAAAAAAAAAAAUAAACUAAA